UUUUUCUAAUAAUUCAAGUGCAGUGUAGGAGUUUAAAUAGCGGCGGCGCAUGUGCCGUGCUCCAGAGUCACCGCAAUGGCCCAUCUGUCAGUUGCAGCUCUGCUCAUCCUCUGUGCGGCCUGCCUUUCCACGGCUGCCACAACACUCGACCGAAAUGCAGACGAAAAGAAAAUUGACAUUCUGGAACUUUUAGGAGGUGCCGAACAAGCCUAUGAAGGACUUAAUAAUCUGAAAAUCCAUGAGAGGAGCCGUAGAGGCAGCUAUGGGGGUGGAGGUGGACCCAAGCAUUACGGCGGGGGCGGUGGAGGAGGAGGAGGUGGCGGAGGAGGGGGAGGCAGUUACGGAGGAGGGUACGUACAAGAGCCUUCCCUAAAUUAUCACCAGUACCACGUAAGUGACAGCAGCAGCAGUAGCGCUGCAGGCUCUUACAGUUAUCGUUACGCCUGGAGUGAUGGAGGGUUUGGAGGAGGUAGCGGUGGAGGAGGCGGCGGCGGCGGCGGUGGGUUCGGAGGAGGAGAUGGACUAGGAGGAGGGUCAAGUGGACAUGGGGGCGGAAAAGGGCAUGGAGGAGGAUCAGGUGUGGGAGGAGGGUUCGGAGAUGGCGGAUCGAGUGGAUUUGGAGGCGGAGAUGGGUCAUUUGGAGGUGGGAGCGGAUCUAGUGGAUUCGGGGGUUCCGGUGCAGGGGGUGGAUUAGGAGGUGGAAAAGGUGUAUAUGCAGGGUCUAGCGGAGGAAGUGGGCAUGGUGGAUCUGGAGGAUUUGGAGGUUCCGGAGCAGGAGGGGGAUUUGGAGGAGGGAAAGGAGGCCACGGCGGAGAUGGUGGAUUUGGUAGUUCUGGUGGAGCCGGAGGAUUUGGUAGUUCUGGGGGAGCUGGAGGAUUUGGUAGUUCUGGGGGAGCAGGUGGGUUUGGGGGAAAAGGUGGCCAUGGAGGAUCUGGUGGAGGCGGAGGAUUUGGAGGUGGAAAAGGAGGAUAUGGAGGAGGAGGAAGCGGUUUAGGAGGAUCUGGUGGAUUUGGAGAAUCAGGUGGCUUUGGCGGUUCUGGGGGAGCAGGUGGAUUUGGAGGGAAAGGUGGCCAUGGAGGAUCUAGUGGAGGCGGAGGAUUUGGAGGUGGAAAAGGCGGAUAUGGUGGUGGAGGAAGUGGCUUAGGAGGACCCGGUGGCUUUGGAGGUUCUGGAGGAGCAGGUGGAUUUGGAGGGAAAGGUGGCCAUGGAGGAUCUAUUGGGGGAGGAGGAUUUGGAAAAGGUGGCGGAUCUGGAGGUGGAUAUGGACCAAGUGGAGGUGGAUUUGGACCUCAUGGACCGAGCGGAGCUGGAGGUUGUUCAACAUGUGCGGGGGGUGGAGGUGCAGGUGGCCAUGGUGGAUCCUUCAGUCAAUCCUCAGCUUCCGCAUCAGCGACUGCCUCCGCAUCAGCAGGCAGCAAAGGACACGGCAGACACAGCAGCUAUGGAGGCUGAGCUUGAAGACUUCUAGGCCUACUACUGGUUUUUUCUGCAAUCAAACCUCACAACUCAAAAUUUUUAUUGAAGAACCUUUCAAAAAUGUUAAAUUACUAACUUCAGAUUUUGCUACCUGUUAUGAAAAAUAAAGUUUUUGCUUCAAUAAUUGA